AUGGAUCCUGAGCGGCUCAUCCCAUGCCCCUAUGACAAAAACCACCAGAUCCGAGCCUCCAGGUUCCCCUACCACUUGGUCAAAUGCGGAGAGAAUAACAAGAAAAGAGCCAAAGAGCUGGCCACAUGCCCCUACAAUGCUCGCCACAGAGUCCCAAAGCGAGAGCUCCAGCUGCACAUCUCCACCUGCACAGACAACAGGGCGCCAGAGCUGUUCAGUGGGACAUCAAUGACUUUCAGUCCCAAGAAGGAACUGAAAGAGACCCCAAUAUCCUGGCAGUGUCCCCCCUGCCAAGAGGACUGGGAGGCAGUUGAUGCUUUGGAUCCAGAGAAGUUAAUACAAUGUCCAUAUGAUAAAUCUCAUCAAAUCAGGGCCUGUCGGUUUCCCUAUCAUCUUAUAAAGUGCAGGAAGAACCACCCUGAUAUUGCAAAGCAGCUAGCCACAUGCCCCUUUAAUGCCCGCCAUCUGGUUCCCAGAGAUGAGAUCAGCCAUCAUAUAUCAAGCUGUGAUGACAAAAGCUGCAUUGAGCAAGACAUUGUGAGUCAGUCGAAUAACUGCUACAGAGAGAAAAUGAACACUGUCAGCAUGUGGCAGCCAUCCCCAUGUGACGAAGACUGGGAUAAAGAGAUCCAGGAGCAAUCAAAUUCUACGUUCGUUUGGGGCACGUUCAAUAGUGGCAUAAACAACAGACGCCAUACCACGGCAAGCCCGGAGCCCGCUCAGAUUACCGCGGCAGUUAUGAGCAUUGUAAACACCUCACGCAUUAUCCUGCAGUACGUGCAGAACCAGAACCUGCAAAAGCAGGCGAGGAGGCGGUGA